AUGUCGCGAGUGACACUGGGAAGCCAAGCUGUGGUGGGGAAGCUGGAGCGCCGCUUUGCCUCUGCAAGCGAAGCAUACGCUGCGCGCCGCACAUGGAAGAACCCAAAGGCAAAGAAGGCCUUCCUCUACCACAUGCAACAGGUAUCAAGGGAGGCCUUCCAGUUGUUGCGAUCCAACGUCGCCGUUGGUGGCUCACCUUGGGACUACACCCUCAAAGAUGACGACACGGCGCCGCGUGAUCGCGACCUCUCUGCACAGCUCAAGGCGAUCCAGCUGGAGGUGUACGAGCUCAUCUCCCGCGUCACCCAGCACCGCGCACAAACCCCGCAAGCCAUCGACGCAAAGCUGGCGGAGUGCCCGCCGCUGGAAGUGCCAACUGCUGAGGCCAUUGCCAAGGCAGACGAGACAGCAUCUGCUCCAACAGCAGCAGGCGACACAGCAGCGCCAUCAGAAGCAACGCGAGAGCUGCUCGAUCGGCUGGCAAAGGCAAUGGACGAGAUUGCGGAGCUGAGUCGCACCCUGCCACAGCGCAAAGCGCAGCUGCACACCCUUGCCCGCGCGCUGGAGAUCCAGACGAACAACCUGAUGUUGCCGGACGAGAGUGAGGAAGAAGGCUCGGCACAAUCGCAGCAACAAGAAGCAGCCCCUGCCACGACUUGA